AUGGCCCAGUCCAGUGGCAACGGGGUUACCAACCCUCAAACCGCAGUAAAUGAUCAGUUCAUCUCCAAGAUCAAGGCCUCGGUCCAAUUUGAUGACAGCUUUAACACGGCUCUCGUCUCCAUACCGACCACGAUCGCGCCUCUAGCAAAGGCAAAUAUGUACGCAGCUCUUCCGGCAACAGCAAGUGUGGACAUGGCAAAGGUUAUCGACCGCAGCAUAUUCACCACACAGCACAGCCUGGCGGCCUGUCUAGAAACGGUCGUGAACGCUUGUGUGUCAGCUUUUGACAUGGCCGAGACAAACUUCUUCGGCAUCAGCGCGCGGGCAGAUGAUGUGUUCAGUAUCCUCGGAGACGCCAUCUUUCCAGGAUUGGCAGAAAUGGAGACGGCUCCGACGCCCAAGGCCCUGGCCAGAUUGAAGAACGCAAUGGAAGAUCUCAGGACUAAGGCUCUUGUCGCAGAGGCGGACACUGCCGAUGUCUCGAAAUCAUUCGAUCACGUACUUGCCAUGUCCAUGGCCCUGCGUCAAGCUACCGUCGAUCUCUCUAGCAUAAGCGAGGACAGCGCAAAACAGGCACAGAUGCAAGCUUGGGCUGCAUCUUUGAAAGUGCAAGGCCAGGAAACCGCCGUCAAAACCGCCUCUGCGACGCUAGAACAGAACAAAGCGCUUCUUGACGACGUGAGGGAGCGGUACAAGAAAGCCAGUGAUGACUUCCCCAAUACCAUGCAGGUCAUGGGUGCUGCGAUAGCCAUGUCAGUCACCGACUGCUUGACCAACGUCAUAACCCAGGUGGUUCCUAUGCUGGUCAUGAACGAGACUGUUGCUGGACAGGUAGAGGGCGGAGUGCAAGUCGCCGAGAAAACAGGCGUUGACAUCACAAAGACUGUCAAGGAUUUCAAAUCCUCUGAUCCCAACACUGUACCUGUCGAAAACCCAACCGCGCCCAAAACAGUCGACUACGCAGGCGAUGCAGGCUACCUCCUUGCCCCCUUGGACAAGCCUACCAUCACACAUUUGCAAACCCUGGCCACUUCCGGUGCCGACGGAGGCAUUAACUGGGAUGAAGUCGACACUAAGGCAACGACACCAUCAAGUGAUCCGUCUGCUUUGUCGUACAUUAUCAACCAGCUGGAGACGGCAUCCGAAGCCUCGUCACUGACCGACAAGCCGCCUUCUCAGAAGCUCAAAGAUGUCCUCCACAGCGCCAUUCAGACGGCAAAGGCCAUCCAGUCAGCAGCAAAGGACGGCCACUCGUUGACAAGUGCGUCCGACAAGGUCAAAGCCUGGCAGCAGGAUAUCCUGAACGCGGCGCAAAGUCUGGCAUCACUGUGCACGACAGCCAAUUCCAAUCCAGGUACAAGCGGUGCCCUCGGUGCCACAUUCAAAGCCAUCCCGUCAACAGCCGCCAACGCCAGUGCCACCACCUCAGCGGCCAAGAGUCUCCUCGACGGCGCGACAGCCAACCUGCACGAGCAACAACAAGCCUUGAACUCUGCCCUGACAAACUAUACCUCGGCAUCCCAAACACUGGCCGACGACCAGGCCGCCCUGGGCAAGAUGAAGGCCGACCUCGUCAACUUCAAGCUGAACGCACACAUCUUGAACGAGGUAGUCGCCAUCCUGACCCUCGUCAACAUGACCCUCCUGGACUUCAAGAUCGAGAUCAACAAGCUGGUCCUGCACUUCCAAUCCCUCGCAAAGCUCGUGGCAAUGGUGGUCGACGAGAACAUGAACACCUUCCUGAAAGACUUGCAGACCGAGGUCCAGGACUCGGAGGAUAAUAUUGCGAGAGGCGGCCUCGGCGGCAUCAAAGUCAGUGAUUUGGCGUUGCAGAUCUUCUACACCGCGGCCUGCACGCUGGCCGCGUACUUUGACCUCUUCGGCGACGUCACCUCCAUGUACGUCGACACGUCCAGGAAAUUCAUCUCGGACGGCAUCUCCGGCGGCGGCCUCGCGCUGGUCAGCAAGAUGGGCGCCUCUUUCCCACGCACGCCCUUCGACCCGGCCCACCCAGACGACACGGACAACCUCGACCUCGACAAGCCCGCCGACGCCACCGGCGCGGACAACGACCCGCUCGUUCAGCAGGAGAUCCAGGCGCGCCUGGCUGAGAUCGAGGCCUGGACCACAGCCACGACCACGGGCAUCUCCGCCGUAUUGCAGACCAAGCACGCUACGGCGCAGGAGAAAAUGACCAGCCAUCUCAAAUCGCUGGCCGCGGAGAUGCAGCGCGACGAGCAGACUCGCAAGGCCUUACUAGGUAAUACCGACGACAGUAAGCUCCUCGAGCACAUCAAGGAGGGCCAGAAGCAGGGCGCCCAGGCCGUCACGGACGCCGCAAAGACGGGGUUGCAGAAUACGGUUCUCCUAAGCGGUGUGCCGGACGUGGCGAGGAGUGAAGGGCCCAUCGACAUUGGGUCAUCGAGGGUGAGUUGA